GGUGACGUCACGAGCCGGGUGUUUGACGGGGUGGCUGCCGCAGCGCCAGGACUGGAGAGUGGAAAUAUGACCGAAAGUGACCUCGAUCACAGCCUGUGUUAGUGUUUUGCGCUCAUCGUUUACGAUUCGACACUCGUAAACACGCGAUUUUAUCAUCGCUGCGGCUGUUUUUAGAUAAAAAUCCGUGCAUUUGGCAUAGUUCAUUAGCCACGAGCCUUGUCUUAUCUCAAGAGCGCGACACAUCCAGCGCGUGUAUGUGCUUUGAGGCUCGCCUCAAACCUUAUUUCUGGAGCCGUGCGCUGUAGGCUUUUUCUGUGCAUUGAAAUAUGGAUAAGGCCAAAUCAGUGAUGGAUCAGAAAGGAUCGGGUCCUUGCUGCACAAACGGCAUGCACAGGCCACUCCGGCGACAGCUGAGCAACGGGAGCUGCAGCCCGUUCAGUCCGACGGAGGAUAAUCUCCACCAUCUUCACCACGACCCUCAAACCAACGGGUCCCCGCCCAAGAGGUGUCGGCUGCGGAUGCGAAUCGAGUCAGUGAGGAAAAACAGACCUCCCUUUCCAUGGUUUGGAAUGGAUAUCGGCGGUAGUUUAGUAAAGCUUGUUUACUUCGAGCCAAAAGACAUCACUGCAGAAGAGGAGCAGGAGGAGGUGGAGAAUCUGAAGAGCAUACGCAGGUACCUCACCUCCAACACAGCCUAUGGCAAAACUGGUGUCCGUGAUGUACACCUGGAGCUACGCAACCUGACAAUCUGCGGUCGCACAGGGAACCUGCACUUUAUCCGCUUCCCCACCGCUGCCAUGCACAGAUUCAUCCAGAUGGGCAGAGAUAAGCACUUCUCCAGCCUGCAUACCACACUGUGUGCCACGGGUGGCGGGGCAUACAAGUUUGAGAAUGAUUUCAGAACGAUGGCAGACCUUGAGCUGCUGAAGUUGGAUGAGCUUGAUUGCCUAAUCCAGGGGCUGCUGUACAUUGACUCGGUCGGUUUUAACGGUCAUCCUGAGUGCUAUUACUUUGAGAACCCCUCCGACACACAGAACUGCAUCAAGAGACCCUGUUGUCUUGACAACCUUUUUCCCAUGUUGCUGGUCAACAUUGGCUCGGGCGUCAGCAUUCUGGCAGUCUAUGCAAAAGAUGAUUACAAAAGAGUGACGGGCUCCAGUCUUGGUGGAGGGACGUUUUUGGGACUCUGCUGCCUGUUGACGGGUUGUGAGACAUUUGAAGAGGCCCUUGAAAUGGCCAGCAAAGGGGACAGCACCAACGUGGACAAACUGGUGAAGGACAUCUAUGGAGGUGACUACCAGCGCUUCGGCCUACAAGGGUCUGCGGUGGCUUCAAGCUUUGGACACAUGAUGAGCAAAGAGAAGAGGGAGAGUAUUUCCAAAGAGGACUUGGCCCGAGCCACGCUCGUCACAAUUACAAAUAACAUUGGCUCCAUCGCACGCAUGUGUGCAGUUAAUGAGAAAAUCGAACGGGUUGUGUUUGUGGGGAACUUUCUACGUAUAAACACUGUGUCGACCAAGCUUCUUGCCUAUGCUAUGGACUUCUGGUCCAAGGGCCAGCUGAGGGCCCUUUUCCUGGAACAUGAGGGAUACUUUGGAGCUGUUGGUGCUUUUCUAGAACUGCUGAAGUCGUCUGAUGAUGCAUAAAGGAAAGAUAUCAUCAUCAUCUCUGAUGAUCCAGAAACUGCGUUAAGACUUCUACACAGAAGCUCCAACAGGAAAACUGGAACACUGGGAAAUUUAAAUGAAGCCAUUAUAGUAAUUAACCUGUAAAUAGCCUUUAAAAUAAGAUUCUAAACAUUAUUUUUAUCAGUAACUUAGUCUCCCUCAAGACUGCUGACGGUAGCGUAACCUUAUUGCUAAUUUGUUUUCUGCUUGUUUUUGUUGUUGUUUUCAUUUUGUAAUGAUUGUAAAUAUUGUGUAGUGAACAGGGAGAGUUUAUUGAUGGCCAAAACUUGCCCUUUUAAAGUUUUGCUAUUCUUGUCAUGCCCACCAGCUGAGAGAGUAUUCGGCAUGAACUGGUUUCGGUUUUCAGGCCUGGUUAAAUGAUGCACCUUUUUUGUGUUAAACUGCUGUUCAGACCCAAAAUGAUGUAUGACGCACCAUUCUAGUUCAUUUUUAAGCCACGGGUGCUAUGUUAGAUGUGUGCCGACUGACAGGGAUCCUCAUAGUAAAGAAAAGACACUGGGCUCUAUACAGCAUAGAGCAACCUUUUUCCGGUUGCCUCUCCUUUCACUUUUCCUCUUCGCUACAGUUAAGAGUUUUAUAUGCGUUUAUGCAUUAAAUUAAUUUUAAACAGGAAUCAGUCCACUUUCAGAAUUAUAUCAGAAUGGUUUAACUUUUUAAAGAUGUAUUUACGCUGAAUCACACAAAGCCUUUAUUUGUAAAAUGAUACACAGAAAGCUCAGGGUGUCACUAAUAUGUGAAAGGGAAUUCGGUGGGACCAAGUGGCCAGUCUGACACGCACUUCAGAUAGAAAGCUCCCCUAAAAUCCCACAUUUUUGUCCUCUUUGUCCAACUUUGCCUCUUUUUCAUCCUGCCUUUUUCCAUUCUUUUUCCUGUCUAAACCAGAACUAAUUUUUUUUCUGGAUGUACACAGUUAUAUAUAUAUUCCUGCUCUUUGGUUGCCUUCCUCUUAUCUAGAAUGGUACUAGAGUACUCAAAGUUGCUGUGUGAUGACAAAACAGAAAGAUUAAGUCAGUAUGACACAGCAGUUACCCACAACCCCCCGUUCCUCAGUAUUCAAAUAUCAAACAUGUUUGGACAGUUCUAAGACUCAGCCGUUGUGUUUUCAUUGUAGUGCCAAACUGAGACUGGGAGAGGUCAAACCAGACAGCCUGCCAAUGCCAGUAUUCCUGCUUUACCAGGCCAUGUACCACAUUACUUCUCCUAAAAGUUGCCUAGCAUUAGAGUAUUUCUAAAAUCUUUCUAAGUCCAAUAUCAUAUGUCAUUAAAAACAAAAACACCACUCCCUUACUAGUUAACUCUGUUGUUCAAUUCUCCUUGCUGUCUUUCUCGCCUUCUAUGUGAUUUAUCUGUUCUUUUAACCUCUGCGGCUGUUUUAGGUUGUGUUUUUAUUUUAUUGUAUUUAA